CGCCUCAUCAUCCCCCUCAUCGACUCCAUCGCUAAGUCGACGCCUGAAAAACCUUGGGCCUCGAUUCCGCUGAACGACGAUGAUCUCUCCGAGGGCUUUCGCGAUUUUUCAUUUGCGCAGCUAGCCACGGGCAUCAAUGCUGCUGCGUGGUGGAUAGAUGAGAACAUAGGUAAAGCACCAAGCGGUACAUUCCCUACGGUGGCGUAUCUUGGACCAAGAGAUUUGAGAUAUCUGAUUAUGGUUCUUGGGGCGGCCAAGGCUGGCUGGAAGGUACUGCUACCGUCGCUUCUCACGUCCUUGGAAGCCAAAACUCACAUGGCGCGAGAGAAGGAUUGCAGGACUUUCUUAUGUGGAAAAGAAUUAUUUCUGGUAGUGGAGACUAUCCAUGAGGCAGUUGGAGAUGGGAAGACCCUCGUAGUACCCGACUUUGAAGAGUUAAUUUCUGCGAAAGGAGUGAAAGAGUAUGAGUACAGUAAGACCUGGGAAGAGGGGAAGGACGACCCCGUGGCAAUUUUCCAUACCAGCGGCAGUUCAGGACUCCCAAAGUUAGUAACGUGGACGAACAACAUGCUCGCGACAGCGGACGCGACUCGUCUUCUUCCAGAUGUCGAUGGUAUUCCUGCAUACACACCGACGAAUGCAGUUUUGCUCCAGGGCGGGCGAUUUUGGGCCAUGCUCCCGCUAUUCCACGCCGCCGGUUUCAUGCUAGCCGUCGCCGGUCCCGUUUUCUGCGGUGUCAUGUCUGUCGUUGGGCCAGCCUCCAAGGUCCCUACCCCUGCUCUCGCAGAUGAGAUGCACCGCUUUGCCAAUAUUGAUGGCGGAUUGUAUGCGCCCGCUUUUCUGGAAGAUCUGAUCGCCAACCCCUCUUACAAGCCCAACUUAUUGAAGUUAAAAUGCAUCAUAUUCGCCGGUGCCCCGCUUUCCAAGCUGCCGGGCGACUUUCUGGCGCAACAGAAUAUUAUAUCACCAAUGAUAGGAAGUACAGAAGGCGCUUGGUGGAGUACCGUUCCAGUAAUUCCAAUGAAACAUCUGACAAAUGGCCGCCAACUCGACAGCAAAUUGGAUUGGCGGGACUGGGAGUACUACCGUUUCCAUCCGUGGUCUGGGGCAACCUUCGAGCCCGCACAUGACGACUUAUACGAACUCGUUGCUGUCAAGACGCCUGAAUCCCAUCUGACUAUGAACUUCUGGAAAGUUCCCGAGCUCAAGGACAUCACCACUUUCAGAACCAAGGAUCUUUUCAGUCCGCAUCCUGACCCAGCCAAGGCGGAGAAGGGUUUGUGGCGAUACCGAGGACGAACGGAUGAUCUCAUAGUCCUGACAGGCGAGGUGAAGAUGUAUGUUGCGAGUGCAGAAGAACGGCUGAAGACAGCAAAUCCCUUGAUCAAGGACGCGGUGGCAGGAGGCCAAGGACGAAGGAUUCCAUUUCUAUUGCUUGAGCUCAGGGCCCCUUCGUAUGUAAACGGAGAUAGGAAUGGUGCAGAGCUGGGCAACUUGGAGGAUGUUUGGAAGACGGUCGAGAAAGUCAACGAAACCAUACUUGCCGAAACGAGGUUCAAGAAAGAGCUGGUAUUAAUCGCAGGAAAGGACAAGCCAUUUUUGAGGCUGCCCAAAGGCCCGGUGGAUCGAAGACAGACACUUGGAUUGUAUGCGCAAGAAAUUGAGGAAAUGUAUGCG